GUGCCCCCGGCCCGCCUGCCCGCCGCCGCCAUGCUGGCGCUGCUCUCCCGGCUGCUGGACUGGUUCCGCUCGCUCUUCUGGAAGGAGGAGAUGGAGCUCACCCUGGUGGGGCUGCAGUACUCGGGCAAGACCACCUUCGUCAACGUCAUCGCGUCAGGUCAAUUCAGUGAAGAUAUGAUUCCUACUGUGGGCUUCAACAUGAGAAAAGUUACGAAGGGUAAUGUUACAAUAAAGAUUUGGGAUAUAGGAGGGCAACCACGAUUCCGAAGCAUGUGGGAGCGAUACUGCAGAGGAGUUAAUGCUAUUGUCUACAUGGUAGAUGCUGCAGAUCGUGAAAAAAUAGAAGCCUCUCGAAAUGAGCUGCACAAUCUUCUAGAUAAGCCACAGUUACAAGGAAUCCCUGUUCUAGUACUUGGAAAUAAGAGAGAUCUUCCUAAUGCUUUGGAUGAGAAACAGCUAAUUGAAAAGAUGAACCUUGCUGCUAUUCAGGACAGAGAAAUCUGCUGCUACUCAAUUUCUUGCAAAGAGAAAGAUAAUAUAGAUAUCACGCUUCAGUGGCUUAUUCAGCAUUCAAAAUCUAGAAGAAGCUGAAGUCUUCCUGGAAUCUCCAGUACCAGUUGGCCAUAUUCUCAAUUGUCCACUUCCCUCCAUAAUGAGAUAUUACCCAAAAAUCCUGUAUCAAGAAUCUGCCUUUCACGGUUCAUUUCUCAUGUGCACUGCUGAAGACUUGUAUUCCUAUUCUGUCACAAAAAAACUAGAGUUGUCAUGAUAAAGUCAGCACAAAUAUUUAUUUUACAACCAUCUGUGGUGGGAGGGUUUUGGGGGGGGCUUUUUAAAAAAAAAAUCUCUCUACCAUGUUAACUAUGAUGGUACACUCUGUUCUGGUUUUUCAGGGCCAGGUUUUUAUAUGAUUUUCAGCAAGUGUUUUAUUUCUAGUGUUUAGUGGCUUGAAGAUGCUGAUGCUUGACAGCAUUAAGAUUCUGUAAGAUGCCACAUACAGUAGUUAGAAAACAUUUAAGCGUGAGUUGUGGGAUACCGAUUUAUCUCACAAAUGCAUGUGAUGUGUGUAUGUAAGCAGAGAAAUGGAAACUGUUUGCAGAGGGGAGCACAAGGCAUAGAUCAGCAUCACUAAUCUACAGCUGAGAUCUUAUCCUGUCACUUGAAAAAGAAAACUCUCAUGAUGAAUUAGAAAAGAGUCAACUGUUUAAAAUCAUUUUGUUGCUUAUGUUUAACAUUUGUGUGGGGGAUGGGAAGGGACUGUUCUGUCAAGCUUUCAAAAAUUGGAGUAUUCCAGCAUGAAAACAAAUUGCUAGGAACAUCAGACUUUGUUCAAAUAAAUUUUUCUAUCUACAGAUACUAGUGGUCUCUAUCUGAAACCAGAACACACAUUCUGAGCAGCUGCAUGACACUUAAAUUACUGAUGUUUUUGUAUAGAGUCAGUUGUUGACCUUUAGCACAGUAUCUAUGUAAUUGUCUAGUGUCUCUCCUGCUCAUGAAAUGGCUGGGCACAGUUUCACCUGGUGCUAUGGCAUAUCUAGGCUAUUGUGACAACUCUAGACCUGCCUGCUUUCUUGAUGUAACCAUGUGCAAAGUCUGUAAGGUGCAAGAUGAAAUGUUCUACUGGGUCAAAGCACAAGAGAGCCAAUGGAUCGAUCCUGUUUCUUGACUAGCUCCUGCCGUAUAGGGAAGUAUGUGUAAACUAAAGAUUGUAAUGUUUUUGUAGCUUUACUUUCUCAAUGACUUCAGUAUAUUUAAAGGGACAGACUUGUUAAGACUGGUUUGUUCAUACAGUAAUGUCAGUGUAGCUUACUAGUGUAUGCAAAUACAUGGUACACCUGCUU